CAGGGAGGGAGGAAGGGAGGGAAAGAGAGGGGGAGAAAUAGGAGAGGGAGAUAAGCUCACUCCAGAGGAGAACUCCAUCCAUCCAGAGAGGCAGUGCGAGAGCUACUGGAAGAGGAAGGUGCUCUGCAUCCAGAAAGACACUUCUGAAGCAUCAGAAGAAAGAAGCUUUUCCUCCUUCUCUCCCCCCUAUUUCCUUCCUCCCCCACCUUGUUUUUACCUGGAAUUACACACAAACCUGUGUGGUGCUUGGAGCCAAACGUAGGACUGUAAUGGUCAAAGGAUCCAGUCUUCUGGCACUGAAACAGGACUGUCUGUGGGUACCAUGGCUCUGAACCACAGGGGUGGCCACUCCGCUUGGCGCCGGCCAGAGGUCUGGCUCUUGGUGUGGAAUGCCCUGUGCCAGCUGGGUGCCCGCGGCUGCCCUGCUCUCUGCACCUGCACAGGGACGACUGUGGAUUGCCAUGGCAUGGGGCUCAGAGCCGUGCCCAAAAACAUCCCGCGCAACACUGAGAGACUGGAACUCAACGGGAACAACAUCACUCGGAUCCACAAGAAUGACUUUGCAGGACUGAAGCAGCUUCGAGUGUUACAACUGAUGGAAAAUCAGAUUGGAGCAGUGGAGCGAGGAGCUUUUGAUGACAUGAGGGAUCUGGAGCGACUACGACUGAACCGGAACCAUCUGCACUUGUUACCAGAACUACUGUUCCAGAAUAACCAGGCACUUUCAAGACUGGAUCUGAGUGAGAAUGCCAUCCAGGCCAUCCCCAGGAAAGCAUUCCGUGGAGCCACUGACCUAAAAAACCUACAGCUGGAUAAGAACCAGAUAAGCUGUAUUGAAGAUGGGGCUUUUAGAGCUCUCCGGGGCCUAGAAGUAUUGACACUGAAUAACAACAACAUCACUACUAUCCCCGUCUCCAGCUUCAACCACAUGCCCAAGCUCCGAACUUUCCGUUUACACUCCAACCACCUUUUCUGUGAUUGCCACUUGGCCUGGCUCUCUCAGUGGCUAAGGCAACGUCCUACCAUUGGGCUCUUCACACAGUGUUCAGGACCUGCCUCCCUGCGAAGUCUCAAUGUGGCUGAGGUCCAGAAGAGCGAGUUCAGCUGCUCAGGACAAGGGGAGGCCACCCGGUCCCCUGUGUGCACCCUGUCCUUAGGAUCCUGCCCACCCAUGUGUGCCUGCAGCAAUGGGAUCGUGGACUGCCGUGGCAAAGGACUCACCGCUAUUCCGGCCAACCUGCCUGAGACCAUGACAGAGAUCCGACUGGAGCUCAAUGGCAUCAAAUCAAUACCCCCCGGAGCCUUUUCUCCCUACAGAAAGCUAAGGAGGAUAGACCUGAGCAAUAACCAGAUAUCUGAGAUUGCUCCUGAUGCAUUCCAGGGUCUCCGUUCCUUGAACUCUCUUGUUCUUUAUGGAAACAAGAUCACAGACCUGCCCAAGGGAGUGUUUGGAGGGCUCUACACCCUGCAAUUGCUCCUUCUUAAUGCCAACAAGAUCAACUGCAUCCGAGCUGAUGCCUUCCAAGAUCUCCAGAACCUGUCCCUGCUCUCACUAUAUGACAACAAGAUCCAGAGCCUGGCUAAGGGGACCUUCACCUCCCUCCGAGCCAUCCAGACCCUGCACCUGGCUCAAAAUCCGUUCAUCUGUGACUGUAAUCUGAAGUGGCUGGCAGAUUUCUUACGCACUAACCCCAUCGAGACCAGUGGAGCCCGCUGCGCCAGUCCCCGCCGCCUGGCCAACAAGCGCAUUGGGCAGAUCAAAAGCAAGAAAUUCAGGUGCUCAGCAAAAGAGCAGUACUUCCUUCCAGGCACAGAGGAUUACCGGUUGAACAGCGAGUGCAACAGUGAUGCCGUCUGUCCCCACAAGUGCCGCUGCGAAUCCAAUGUGGUAGAAUGCUCCAAUCUGAAACUCACCAAGAUCCCAGAGCGCAUCCCCCAGUCCACCGCAGAGCUACGGUUGAACAACAAUGAAAUCUCAAUAUUAGAGGCCACUGGAAUUUUUAAAAAACUUCCACAUCUGAAGAAAAUCAACCUCAGCAACAACAAGGUAUCAGAGAUAGAAGAUGGUGCCUUCGAGGGGGCAGCCUCAGUGAGUGAGUUGCACCUGACUGUCAACCAGUUGGAAUCCAUACGAAGCGGCAUGUUCCGGGGUUUGGAUGGUCUAAGGACCCUAAUGCUGAGGAACAACCGCAUCAGCUGCAUCCACAACGACAGCUUCACAGGCCUUCGGAAUGUCCGCCUCCUCUCUCUUUAUGACAACCAGAUCAGCACCAUCUCGCCUGGAGCCUUUGACACCCUCCAGUCCCUCUCCACUCUGAAUCUCCUGGCUAAUCCAUUCAACUGUAACUGCCAGCUGGCCUGGCUCGGGGACUGGCUCCGGAAGAGGAAGAUCGUGACGGGGAACCCCCGGUGUCAGAACCCAGACUUCUUACGGCAGAUCCCACUCCAGGACGUGGCCUUCCCCGACUUCAGGUGUGAGGAAGGUCAGGAGGAAGGAGGCUGCUUCCCACGGCCACAGUGCCCACAGGAAUGCACCUGCCUUGACACUGUGGUUCGCUGCAGCAACAAGCACCUUCGGGGUCUCCCCAAGGGCAUCCCCAAGAAUGUCACUGAACUCUACCUGGAUGGUAACCAGUUCACUCUGGUCCCUGCCCAGCUCUCCACCUUCAAAUAUCUGCAGCUCGUGGACUUGAGCAACAAUAAAAUCGGCUCCUUGAGUAAUUCCUCCUUCACCAACAUGAGCCAGCUCACUACCCUGAUUCUCAGCUACAAUUCUCUUCAGUGCAUCCCACCACUGGCUUUUGAGGGUCUCCGUUCUCUCCGGCUGCUGUCUCUCCAUGGCAAUGACAUCUCCACUCUCCGUGAGGGCAUCUUCACUGAUGUGACUUCCCUAUCUCAUCUGGCCAUUGGAGCCAAUCCUCUCUACUGCAACUGCCACCUUCGCUGGCUCUCCAGUUGGGUCAAAACGGGUUACAAGGAACCUGGCAUUGCCCGAUGUGCUGGACCCCCUGACAUGGAAGGCAAGCUGCUCCUCACGACUCCUGCCAAGAAGUUUGAAUGCCAAGGCCCUCCCUCCAUAACUGUGCAAGCCAAAUGUAACCCCUGCCUAUCCAACCCAUGUCAGAACCAGGGAACCUGUCAGAACGACCCUCUGGACUCCUAUAGAUGUACCUGCCCCAGUGGCUACAAGGGCAGAGACUGUGAAAUGUCACUCAACAGUUGCUCCAGUGGCCCCUGUGAAAAUGGCGGAACCUGUCACUCCUCCCAAGCAGGAGAGGGCUCCGGGUUCACGUGUUCCUGCCCAGUGGGAUUUGAGGGCCCAACCUGUGGGGUGAACACAGACAACUGCAGAGAUCAUGCCUGUGAGAAUGGGGGCAUCUGUGUGGAUGGCAUCAACAACUACACAUGUUUAUGCCCCUUUCAAUACACAGGAAGAGUCUGUGAGCAGCUGGUGGACUUCUGUUCUCUAAAUUUAAACCCAUGUCAACAUGGUGCCAAAUGUGUUGGUACUCCGGAAGGGCCCAAGUGUGAAUGUACUCCAGGCUAUGUGGGUGACAACUGCAGCAUAAACUACAAUGACUGCAUAGAUCAUCAAUGCCAGAAUGGUGCCCAUUGUGUAGAUGAAGUGAAUGGUUACUCUUGCCUUUGUGAAGAAGGAUAUAGUGGGCAGCUGUGUGAGAUGGCCUCCCAGCCCCCCAAACCCCUGAGCCCCUGCGAGGGAACCGAAUGCCAGAAUGGGGCCAACUGUGUGGACCUCGGUAACAGGCCUGUGUGUCAGUGUCUGCCAGGCUUUGGUGGCCCUGAGUGUGAGAAGCUGCUGAGCGUCAACUUUGUGGACAAAGACACGUAUCUGCAGUUCACUGACCUGCAGAACUGGCCCCGGGCGAACAUCACCCUGCAGGUCGCCACAGCAGAAGACAACGGAAUACUGCUGUACAAUGGUGACAAUGACCACAUCGCAGUGGAGCUGUACCAAGGGCACGUGAGGGUCAGCUACGAUCCAGGCAGCUACCCCAGCUCGGCUAUCUACAGCGCCGAGACCAUCAAUGAUGGCCAGUUCCACACAGUCGAACUUGUCACCUUUGACCAGAUGGUGAAUCUCUCCAUCGAUGGCGGCAGCCCCAUGACCAUGGACAACUUUGGCAAACACUAUACCCUCAACAGCGAAGCCCCGCUCUACGUGGGAGGGAUGCCUGUGGACGUGAACUCGGCGGCCUUCCGGCUGUGGCAGAUCCUCAACGGCACCAGCUUCCAUGGCUGCAUCCGCAACCUGUACAUCAACAACGAGCUGCAGGACUUCACCAAGACGCAGAUGCAGCCGGGCGUGGUGCCGGGCUGUGAGCCCUGCCGGAAGCUCUACUGUCUGCACGGCAUCUGCCAGCCCAACGCUGCCCACGGGCCCGUCUGCCACUGCGAGCCCGGCUGGGGGGGACCCCACUGCGACCAGCAGGUCGGCAACCCCUGCCAGGGGCACAAGUGCGUGCAUGGGACCUGCUUGCCCCUGGACGCUCUGUCCUACAGUUGCCAGUGCCAAGAUGGGUACACAGGAGCUCUGUGCAACCAGCCAGGGGAGCCACCAGAUCCCUGUGAGAACCUUCAUUGUCUACAUGGGCACUGCCAGAUUUCCACCGAGGGGGCCGCGCACUGUGUGUGCGACAGUGGCUUUGCUGGGGAGCUGUGUGAGCAAGAGUCCAAGUGCCAGGGGGACCCUGUUCGGGAUUUCCAUCAGGUCCAGAGGGGCUAUGCCAUCUGCCAGACCACCCGCCCGCUGUCCUGGGUCGAGUGUCGGGGCUCCUGCCCGGGCCAGGGCUGCUGCACAGGGCUGCGGAUGAAACGGAGGAGAUUCACCUUUGAGUGCAGCGAUGGUUCCUCAUUUGUGGAGGAGGUGGAAAAGGCCAUCAAGUGUGGCUGCGCUAGCUGCAUGUAGCGCCAGAAGGGCCCGAAGCUGGGCUGAUGGUGGGGGAGGGUGGGAGGG